GAAGGUUGUAGAGUGAAAAAGUUUCUGUUUUUCUUUAUUGUGGAAAAAAUGUGAACACAAAUUAUACCUAUCUACGCACAAUGUCUAUCGCGUUAAAAUAUAGUGCCAUAAAACAGGCGAUAACACCCAAAAGUGAUUUCAAUCGGUAUCUGCUCGCCUUCGUGACGUUGGUGAUUCUGUUUACACUUUGGUUGGGCCGUGGCUCGGUUUCGGAGGCGGACAGCGAGCGCCUGUCGCUGGACCUUGUCGACAUCCCGCAGGUCGUACUGGACAAGGAUGCCGAACUGGCACGGGCCCGGAACCGGAACUGCUCCUACUGGGACUGUUUCAACGUGUACCGCUGCGGUCAGCGAGCGGUUGGUGGCGGCAGUCACCGAGGGGCCAGUGGUGGUUUGUGGGCGGAAGAACAACAAGAGCGGAUAUCGAUUUAUGUUUAUCCGCUGAAGGAAUAUGUCGAUGGCGAUUCGGGCGGGCAAGCAUUUCAGCUUACGAAGGAAUUCUACGGAAUACUGAAAACGAUUGUUAACAGUCCGUACUAUACGCCCAAUCCGAACGAAGCUUGUCUGUUUAUGCCCACGCUGGAUACGCUCAACCAAAAUCGGAUCGAUGUUAAUCUGGUUGGAAAGGCACUGGCUUCUUUGCCAUAUUGGGAGAAUGGAGAGAAUCAUAUCCUGUUCAACUUUAUUGCCGGGUCAACUCCCGAUUACAACACAGUUUUGGAUGUCAACACUGACCGGGCGAUGAUUCUGGGUUCUGGUUUUGAUAGCUGGACCUAUCGGCCUGGGUUCGAUUUGGCUAUGCCAAUGUAUAGCUCGAUACUCGAUCAUUAUCAACCAAACAAUGACGCGAAUAGCGAGAGAAAGUUUCUACUCGUAUCAUCUCAGCUGAAUAUUUUCCAGCGACAGUAUCGUAUUAUGCAAGAACUGACCUACGAUUAUCCGCAUGACAUUCUUUUGCUGCAGCGAUGUCCUACGUCGACGGUCAAAGUGGAGGAUAGUUUCGAGUCUUCGCGAAACUCCAUGGAAAAUUCUAUGGGAACGGAAGAACUACUGAAAACCAUCAAAGACAUACGCUGCAACUUUCCACAAGGAAACGAGUACGAAUAUCCGCACGUACUGGAGGCUGGUCAGUUCUGUUUAGUCGCCAGAGGCGUCCGUCUGUCGCAACCAACGUUGAUGGAUUCAUUGGCCGCCGGUUGUAUUCCAGUGAUUAUGGCAGACAAUCUUAUUCUUCCUUUCAGUGACAUUCUUGACUGGGAUCUAAUCUCGAUAAGAAUCUACGAAAAUAGUCUUCACUCAAUUAUUGCGACUCUAAAAGCGGUAUCCAAAGAGAAAAUCGGAGAGCUGCGAGCUCACGGUGCAUACAUUUAUAAUCGCUAUUUCUCCUCGUUGGAGAAGAUUGUAUUGACGUCGCUUGACCAAUUGAAUGAUCGGAUAUUUCCACAUCUCAGCAAAACCUACAUGCAUUGGAAUGUAGCCAAAACGCAACGAUCCGCGCAAAAUCCGCUAUUUUUGCCUUUGAUUGCGCCGAAAUCUCAAGGCUUUACGGCUGUUAUUCUCACAUACGAUCGAAUCGAGAGUUUGUUCAUUCUGAUUCAAAAACUAGCCACCGUUCCUUCGCUGCAGAAGAUUUUAGUCAUUUGGAACAAUCAGAAAAAAUCCCCUCCUCAUCCGUCCCUGUUCCCAAAAAUCAGCAAACCUUUGAAAGUAAUUCAAACAGCAGCGAACAAAUUAUCGAAUCGAUUCUAUCCUUAUGAGGAAAUCGAAACCGAAGCCAUCCUGACGAUCGACGACGACAUCGUCAUGCUGACGGCCGACGAGUUGGACUUCGGCUACGAAGUGUGGCGCGAAUUUCCGGACCGAAUCGUUGGAUUCCCGUCGCGAACUCACGUCUGGGAUAAUGCCACCAACCGGUGGCGUUACGAGUCGGAAUGGACCAACCAAAUCUCGAUGGUUCUGACGGGAGCCGCCUUCCAUCACAAGUACUGGAGCUACAUGUACACCAACGCAAUGCCCGGCAACAUCAAGGAGUGGGUCGACGAGCACAUGAACUGCGAAGAUAUUGCGAUGAAUUUUCUGGUGGCCAACGUGACCAACAAACCGCCGAUCAAGGUGGCCCCGCGCAAGAAGUUCAAGUGUCCCGAGUGUACCAACAACGAGAUGCUUUCGGCCGAUCUGAACCACAUGAUGGAACGGUCGGCCUGUAUCAAUCGGUUUGCCGACAUUUACGGUACGAUGCCGCUGCAGACGGUGGAAUUCCGCGCCGAUCCGGUACUGUUUAAGGAUAACUUCCCGGAGAAGUUGAAACGGUUCAACGAUAUCGGUAGCUUGUAGGGUGUUUCCUCCUGGACAUCCUGCGAAUGCAUUUAUUAGUCAGUCGUAAAUUCUUUAGGUGUAGACUCUACUUGUUAGACAUAUCGCGGUAGGCAAAACAUUGUGUAUCUUAGUCAUAGAAUAAUAAA